GCACACGCUCUCGCUGCCAAGGGAGAGGGGAGCCCGGCGGCCUGCGCUGGCUCCUCACCCCCAGCGCUGGGGGAGCGCGUGGCGGGAGGCGGCCGCAGCCAGCCGGGGGAGGAGGCAGGGGCCGCCGACCGCGGAGCUGGAGCCCUGACGCCUGCCAUGGAGAGGAAGCCGGGCGGCGAGGAUGACUGCGUGGACUCGGGAGCCGAGACAGGAGGAUCUGAGUACAGCCGCAUGUCCUCUACAAGCAGUGAACUUUCUGUGGAAGACAAUCAGGACCCUUUCCUUGUUAGUAUACAUAUCAUUGCAGACCCUGGUGAAUCCAAAGUUCUCCAGCAAGCCAUUGAUAAACUGUUAGCAUGGAUCCAUCCAGACCUCCAGUUGUUCCGAGUCUCAGAAAGACGGGUCUCAAGGAAGCACAGGAAGUCUGGUAAGGCUGCUGUUUCUCAGCCAGCCCUUGCAGUCAUUCUGUUUCUGCAGGAGGAAUAUGGAGAAGAACCAAUCUUACAGCUCCAUGAAACCUUUCAGAGACCACCUUGGCAUUACCACCAUACAGAACGAGUGCAAGGCAAGUUCCUCCCUUACAUGCCAUGCAGUCAGGACUUCUUCACUUUGGCCCAUGGGACCCCUUUGUGGGCCAUCCGCCCAGUGCAUUAUGGGAGAGAAAUUAUCCGCUUUGCCAUAUACUGCAGGAAUGAAAACUUUAUUGACAUUAUGAAACUGUACCAGUUAAUCCUGAAAAGACCGGUGUGUCAGAAAAAGGCGGACUUUUGUGUCUUUCCUGUCUAUUCUAACAUGGAUAUAGACAUUCAGUUCUCUUUAAAAAGACUCCCUAAGGGCCAGAUUCCAACCCCUACAGAGUCAGCGGUGCUGGAAUUCCGAGUAGAAGAUGUUGGACAGCUUGUUCCUCUCUUGCCCAAUCCUUGUAGCCCAAUCAGUGAAGGCAGGUGGCAAACAGAAGACCAUGAUGGGAAUAAGAUCCUCUUGCAGGUGGAAAUUUCCUUUCUUCUGUCAACAUGCAAAACGUUAACUAGCAGCCCUGGAUUCUUCUCAUCAGAUCAGGCACGUAUUUGGUAUAGGAAGUCUGCUAAGCAGAACAAGCUUCAUUUCCCAUCUUCAAGGGAUUCCCAUUUCACUCCUUCACCAAGCUACAUUUCUCACAGUCACAGACCUGCCCCUGAUCAAACUAGUGAGCAUCUGAACUCAGCUGGUCAAAUCAAGCUGCAUCGGGCAAAUGGCCUUGGUCAGUACCUUGGCAUCUCCCAGCAGGACUUGAGAAAUGGUGACCGAGGAGACUUCACCCGAAGAUCCAGUAGUGCCUCCAGCAUUUCAUGGUCAUUUCAGCGAAGCAAGUCUCUGUUCUGCUUGCCCACAACAAGCUCCUCUCCGGCCUCUGACUCCUUUAACUUUAGUGAACCGUUUCAGAAUUUAAAUACUGGGUCAUCUGUGAACAGGUUAAAAACAUGGAGAUGCAGCCCCAAGCUUAACAUUGAGAACUUGGAGGGUUCACAGGAAACUGAUGUCGACACAGGGAUGAAGCUGUCCUUCUCAGAUCUGUCUGUGGUCUCAGCCUACUCUACCUUUAAUGGAUUUUGCAGUGAUUUGGAAGCUGCUCUUCCCUCACAAAGGCAAAGUGUCAGUAUAUCUAAACAGGCUGUCUCCAGGGGAAGGCCGUUGUCAGCCAUGUGCAGUACCCUUGAGCUCCCUAGUGGUUCACUUCCAUCUCUCUCCGAGUGGUCUUCCAGCUCUUUCUUGUCAUCUUCCGCAUCCCCCUUAGCAUCUCACUGCCAACUCAGACAGUCACCAGGAGCAACCCCUUGUUCUCUGAAUGAUAGGAAAACAACUGGCAGCAUUCAUCCAGGCUCUCCAACCAACGAGGAGGAAUUCUACAUCUGAGCUUUCUCCAUGCUGAACCUUUUAAUGUAAAUUUGUGCAUAUGUGAAUUACAGCAGUGCAUUUCCACCAUCUGAGCCAUCUGUGCUGGCAAGUUCCUUGCUCCUUCCUGAGGGGAGGGUGUUACAUCACUAAAUGUUGUAAAUGUGGUAAAAGGUUCCCACACACCACUGUAAUGGGUGCCUCAUAAAUGUGUAUUAUAAUAUCAGGUGAGGUUGUGUCCACUGGAUUCAUGUGGAGGGGAACCUCGAUGUGUAGCUGUGCAGGUAGGAGGUUUGUGCUCAGUGUCCUUCAGCUCUGGCGAAGGGGGUUUGGGAGACUGACCCUUAGCAUGUAGAGCAGGAAGUGCCCAGGGAUGCACGUUAACCCACCUUCCCCUGACAAGUAUCUGUAAAGAUGCUGAAAAGAAAAUACAACCUCAAGCUGCAUUAACUUUUCUGAGAAGCUCUCUCCACACUGGCGAACCCUUCCCCACCUCCUUUAUGAGGUUCCAGAGGCAGCUAUGAAAAGGGCCGACCCUAGCAACAUGACUCCAGUAGAGCCAGAUAAGGAGGCUGAGGGCCCCAGAACCAUUGUAGAGGCACAAGCCUCCAGCUGAUCUUUGAGAAUCUGCAGAUUCGGGGAGAGAACGUCCUGUUUGCUCCAUGGGGAAGAAGGAACCCGCACCAUAUCCCCAAUCUGAUGGACCGGUUUUGGGAAAAUGCCAUGAGGGGAACCUUGAGGAGCUUUUCUCCCCAUCUCUCCCCCAUCCCUCCCCCCAAGUCAAAAGUGUUUUUCAUCAUAUGGGAAGGGAGCAGGGCGACUCACUGUUAAAAAUACACUGCAGCUCCCUAUUUUUAGGGGUUUGUUAUUUUGGUUGUAAAAAAUUCACCUCAUAUAUAAACAUAGUAUUGGUGGUCCCAGCCCAAUUUCUGUGUAAAACAAAUUUCUUGCCAAACUUGUCUGAAUUUUUAAUUUAUCUAAAGGGAAAAACAUGUAGAAUUGUACUGGCCUUUUUAUCAAGUUACAUUUUGGCAAGUUGUUUCAGUAUAAUGUGGCAAGCUGUUAUGGUGUAAUUACUUUUGAUAUUUUGGAAAAACAUUUACAUGGAGAAGCCAUUAGUCUGAGAAAUGGCUAAGUACCUUUAUAAGGAUUUUUACCAUCUAUUUCAAACUUUUCUGACAAUAUAUCUCUGUGUUAAACACGACUGACGCUGAAUGUUGUUCUGGUCUAGGCACUAAGAACAUUACCUGGUUUAAAGUAGUGUUUACAAAACUGUAUUUAAUAAUAGACAGGUACAGCUGCAGAAGAUCCACUCUGAUCAGUCAGUAAAUAAAACUAGGGAGGAAGAAUGAUCUUGUGUGUAUUACUCCGCAGCGUUACUCAGAACAAUACUAUUCAUUUUAAAACAGCCUAAAUAAAUAGUUACAUAAGAGAGUGGAACAGCUCCAAAAACCUUCAUUUUAACCCCCAACUAAAUAUACAGUUUAUACUAUUCCACUAACCAUCCUUAAAAAAAAAAAAUGCAGUCUGGAAGAAAUAAAUAUAAAAUCAUUCUGUUUAAACACCAUUAAAGUUGUAACCCAAAUCCACAAAAGGCAGGAAAUUGACAGUAAAGGCUUGAAGGAAUUGGCAGUCAAUUCACUGACCCUCCUUUAUGCUGUUCGGCAUUUUUUGCUUUUUUCCCCCCCACAGUGAUAGAGAAUGGUGCAUCUGCCUCAUCUAGAGUUUCCUGCCUGUAGUCAGCUACUGAGACAACAUGAACUGCCUGGAAACCUUGUCUUCUGUAUUAACUAUAAAAAUAGGAUUUUAUUCCAGAUCUGGACACCCAGCUGAAUAUUAGCACUUUCCCCACCACUACCACCCAGAGCUGUUUGGGUUCACUCCAACUUUUGAUAAACGACCCUGUUCAGAGAUGCUUGGAAGCAGAAACAGCAUGAAUGAGGGAUUUAACAUGGUGUUUGAAUGUUUACCAACUAUCAGCCUGCUCCAAAGCCCAUCAAAGUCCGUGGGAGUCUUGGGGUUUAGGUCAGUCAGACUUUAGGGUAUGUCUAAAAAACCUGCAGCAUCGAGUCUCAGAGGCUGGGUCAGCUGACUCGGGCUUGUGGGGCUCGGGCUGUGGGGCUAAAAAUUGCAGUGUAAACCUUCAGACUUCAGCUGGAGCCCAGGCUCUGAGACUCAAUACUGCAGGGUCCUUUGCAGGGUCUCAGAACUGUUAGAGCACAGUAGGCCUGAUUUGCCACUGUCAUGGGCUAUAUGUAAUUAUUUACAACUGGGCAAAAUAUGUGUAGAACACUACUCGAUCAGAAUGGUAGCAUUUUGCACUCACUUGGCAAAUGACUAUGCAAGGUGCAAGUCAGUGAAGAAUCAGGCCCAAUAGGUUUAGACCAGGGGUGAGCAAACUACGGGCCGGAGCCAUUUUAAGCCG